AUGGCACCACCUUCGCCGCGACGGUCAUCAAGGGCCCGCGCCACAAAUUCACAAUCCCAACAGUCCUCUGUGUCCUCAAGUACAUCGGGCCGAGUCGAGCGGAACACGAGAUCGGUCGUCAAACCCUCUUCCAACAAAUCUACCCCUAGCGCCUCAUUGUCCUCGGAACCGUUUGAGGACCUUGACGACACUCUUCUUGGUAGAAGGCGAAAGCGCAAUCACGAGGACGAGAACGAGAAGACCUCCAAACCUGAAAACUUUGACAUGGCGAAUGGAAGUGACGACCUCCAGGAAGAAGAAGACGAAGCAGUUCGGUGCAUUUGUAAUGCUGAGGAUUACCCAGGUCGCCCGCCUGUAGAAGGCGUAGACCUGGAGUUUUUCAAUGCCAUUGAAUUUACUGAAGAAGUUACCGGCUUCUUCGUUCAAUGCGAUGUUUGCAAAGUCUGGCAGCAUGGUGCCUGUGUAGGCAUUUUUAGUGCCGAAAGCUCACCCGAUGAAUAUUUUUGUGAGCAAUGCCGGAAAGAUCUUCAUAAGAUCUAUACUGCAAGCAAUGGUCAAAAAUGGUCCAAAUAUGUCCCUCAUAACCGCCCAUCACGCGCAACCUCCCGAGCCACCUCGAUUGCAAAGGAAGGCAACCGUUCGCCAAAGCCGGGGACAAGCAAGAACUCCCGCCCUACCUCCGCUUCGCAAACCUCCAAACGACGAUCUACAAUGAAUAGCCGCGACCGGGCAUAUGAAGAUGAACAAUUAUUGCGCGCUAUCGAGGCAAGCAAAGAAGAUGUGCCUCAGGAUGGAGAAAUCCUGACCCGGCGAGCCAAACGAGGCCGUAGCGACAGCGAGGAGUCAGUGGCUGUCAAUGCUCGGCCACGAGACGAGAAAUUGGCAUCACUCAGAAACCCGAUCAGCGUUAAGCGACAGAGGACCAGCUCUAGGUCGCCUUCGCCACCUACCGAACCGACCGAGGAACCAAGUCACAAUGAAUCAGAUGACGAAAUAAACACACGCAACGGAGUAAAGAAAGUUCGCAAUAACAAGAAUCAACGGCUCAAAUCGGAGAAGGAAGACAAAGAACGCCAGAGGCAAGAGGCGGCAGAUAAACGCAAAGGUCGCGCGGAAAGGCGACGAGGAGAUGACUCAGAUCCCCCAGAAGAAACCCCUCUUGCUGUCACUAAACCUCCAGCUGCCAAGAGCGUCGAAACACCCGUCAUCAUGGAAACCCCUGUGCCAGUGCAACCUGUCCCGGACACGCCCCCCACGAACAACCAACCCAUUUCAAGUACCCAUAAGCGUAGUGGGAGAACCAUUCAGAAAAAGGGUAAAGGGAGGAAUCAAUACACCAGAGAUCGCGACGCGGAUGGCGAGUCACCCGCACGAUCAAUGUCGCGAGAUCUACAGAAGAAUGGCGAUGAGCCUACCCCAAGUCACCCGAAACCGAUCAGCGAACAUCGAUAUGGGAAGUCUAAGCCAGCCAUGCAUCACAAGCUGAACAUGGUGGAUAUGAAGCGACGUGUUGGCGCCAUUCUGGAUUUUAUUUCGAGGACUCAAGUAGACCUUGCAGCCGAAGCCCUCCCAGUGCCAAACGGAGAUGCAAAUAUUGGGGAAGCGCCACCCCUGAAAAUCUCGGGUCCAGAGCCCUCAGAGAGUGGGCGCACAAGGGAGUCUUCCGAGGGUAAAGAAUUCAAAGACUUGAACUGCAUGGAGAUGAUGGAUGUUCUUACGCGGGAUAUGGUCAAGUGGCAGAACCAGUAUACCUGA